UGUUCAUGAAUUACGGACACUAAUGCACGGACACUGAUCUUUAAUCACAGAUCUUUGAGUCAUGGAGGAAAGGCACAGAGCCCUUCUUAGUGCCAAACGACUGGAAAUAUCAAGUGAUCUGCGGUUUAGGGACAUUCGGAGACGUCUUCUAGACAGCGGAAUCCUGAAUGGUGAGAAUCUUGACGAGAUUGAGAAGCGACAAUCACGUGGAGACCAAGUAAAAGCUUUACUCGACAUUCUUCCUACCAAAGGACCGCAUGCAUUCUCGGUGUUUCGCGAAGCUCUGAAUGACAGUGGUUACCCACAUUUGGCACGGAUCUUGAACGAUGAAAGUCAGCAAGCACCCCCAAGAGAGCCACGUGUAUUCAUCAUCCAUGCAGGAGAAGACAAAGAAUCAUUUGUGCGUCCAUUGGUCACCACGCUGCAGCAACAAGGGUUGGCCGAAAAGGAUAUUUUUUUCGAUGAUGUUUCCAUCAAACCCGGUGAAGUCAUUCGGGACAGAAUAAUUUCGACCUUAUCGAGUAAAAGUUUGGAACUCGCUGUCGUUGUCGUCAGUACAUCAUUCCUCAACAAACCCUACUGGCCUAAACUGGAGUUUGAAACGUGCCUGAAAAACAACAAACGUAUAUUCCCCAUAUGGGUUGAUGCUAAUGACGACAGCUUCAAGGCCUUUAGUGAGUUAGUCGGGAAGUACUCUCCCACACUGAAACAGAUGAGUGCAAGACGCGUACAGAGAGACCAUGUAACUGACGAACUGACAAACAUCGCUGCAGAAGUCGUCCAACGACUUUCUACUGUGGGACGUAGCACACCUCAGCCUGCAGCGAUCCAAACGCUUUGGUAUCUAACACCGCUAUCAUCCAGGGGUGAUUCCGGCUCCUCAGAUGACGAAACCAGCCAAGGCACACAUGCGGCAGGGGUCAGUGACGAACAGGGGAUAGAAGAAAAACUCAAUGAGAAAAAGGCGAAGCAGCUGGAACUAGAAAUGGCUCAAUGGGAAAAGCGAGGGAAGGUUUUGGGGCAGCAUUUGACAUUAUUGAAGAAAGCAGAAGGUCUUCUUUCAAAGGAGAAGAUAGAACGAAAGACAGAAGAAAUGCUAGACUGUUACUAUCAGUCAAGCUUUCACAUUGUUGAGGUCAAAAUAGGCUACACCAUUCUUCAUUUUAUUCCUCACAAUUUGACAACUUUAGAUACGUUCUGGACAGACUACAAGUCUGGACAGCUUAGUUGUAACCUCACCGACUGUCUCAUCACUGACGAGAUGCGAACACUUGCCGGGGAAGACUUGGUGGUGGGGGUCAUCAUGCUGGAAGAGCAGUACCGACAAUGGACGGAGUAUUUCAAAGCAGAAGACAUUGAGAUGAGAAGGCCUAAGAUGACGCCCACGGCAUUUCUCCAGACAAUACCAGCGCCAGUCCCCCAAUCUAAAGCAAAAAUGGCCGACUCUGAUUCAAAGAUGAAAAGUCCUGAGAUGAAUAUUCCGACAGUUUCAGAACUGCGAGUGGAAGUUCGUCAACUUCUCAAAAAAAGAAGUGAGGACUUUAACGUAUUAGUUGUAGGUCGCCCUGGCUCAUGCAAAUCAACGCUGAUAAAUUCCAUGAACAUGGCUCUUGCGGGGAAAUGGAGUGAGUUGACUUCAUUUGGGCAGGGAGGUGUACAAAACCUCACUCUGCGCCUUGACAAGGUCCCCAUGUUCGAAGACCAGUUCAUGACAGAGAAGGUGGAAAACUACGACAAGAAGCUUUACUUUUGGGACUGUGCUGGUAUGGAGAAUACAGCAGAUGAGGUCUAUGGGGAGUUUAUCGGCCUCACUUUAGAUGGAAAAGUUGAAGAUAAGACAAAUGUAUUCGACGUUCUCAGAAAGAAGGGAGGACUGAUUUCAAUCAAAGAUCUCCAAGAAAAGUUUCCGAAGGUGAACGAAGACAACAGGUUCAACAGGCUCCUGUUCGUUUGUGCGUGUGACGAAAUGGCCCCAGAAAACUUGCUGGAACUGGUUCGGGAGACGACUGCUUCUCACCAUAACAAAGGCAGGAAUAUACCGGUGUUCCUGGUCUUGAGCAAGAAGGACAAAGCCAAGGACAACCAGCGCAAGUACAACGACACCAAGAAGACGGCGCAGAGUCUACUCAGCCUAGAGGGCAACGAGCAGAGGACCACAGAGCUGACCCUCUACCAUGCGAAAAUUGAGGGAAAAGAUGAAGGAAAGGUAGACGGCAUGUUUUGCCAGUGUAAGGCUUACGUGCGGGUUACCAUCAAGUAUACACUUUCCCAAAGAAUCACCAUUCCUAUGUAUGUGCUGUCCAUACAGCUCAACUGA